AUGGAUCGAUCAAGGGACAACGAUGAAGAUGCGGAGUUGGACCUCAAUCUUCUGGCGAUCAACGAUGACGACGUGCGUCAGACCACGUACAAGCAGACUGGAAAUCGCAAGAGUGAAGCAAGCACCGGCAUGUCACGGUCAUCUCGCCAUCAAACUGGGUUGGAACAAGCAAGUGCGCCGGAACAUGUCUCCAACCGUCACCAGAAACGACGAUCAAAUGCUCCCGAAAAGAAGAAGAUGCGGACGUCUACAAUCAAAAUGACGACUAGAAGCCCCAAACAUUUUGGCGUGCAAGUGAAAAUGCAGUGGAAGCAACGGACCUGGCAGAACCUGCGACUUUCCAAGACGCAAUCAACGUUCCUGAUCAAGAUCACUGCAAAACUGCCAAGAGGCCAAGGCGCGAUUGGCGCCAAAUGGGUGUUCAAGAUCAAGCGCAAAGCGGAUGUAUCGAUCGAAAAAUACAAGGCGCGUCUCGUUGCCAAGGGCUUCAAGCAGAAGUACGGCAUCGACUACACAGAGACGUUCUCGCCCGUGGUGAAGUAUGUGACACUGUGUAUGGUAAUCGCAAUCACCAAGUAUUUCGACUGGCCACUGGACCAGCUCGAUGUGGUGACAGCUUUUCUCUACGGUGUGGCUUAG